AUGUCAUCAUUCACAAUUUUCCUGACGUUGAUAAAGUCUUUAUGUCAUGGGCUUGUCAACAAGAUAGAAAAACAUCAACAUAAAUAUCCAAGACCGCAUCUUUCCGCCUUCAUAGUUAAGCAUAAAAACCAACUUCAUAGAGUGGAGGAAAAUAAAACUUUUCUAAUUUGCAUUAUGAAAGCAAAACGAAAGAAAAUAUUUCAAGCAUCUCGUCAUAAAUCAUUUUUUUAUAUUUCACCAAAAGCAGAAAAUCCUUGGCUCUGUGCAUAG